UCCCGCUGGAGGAACGUCAGUGGAGCGGCUCUCCGCUUCAAAACAACGUGAAGUCAGUCCUGGAAAAACCACCUGAAGCGGCGCCGGAGCGGGACCCCCGCGGCUGCGUGGGCUUCUUCACCACCACCACCCUGGUUCAUAGUUAUUUUUUUUUUUUUUUAAUGAUUUUGGACUCCCCCUCAGAGUGUGUGUGUGAGAGAGUGUGUGUUUCCCUCUGUUUUCCGUGCGGAUACACUCACAGGUUGCUAGCGGAGUUGGAGCUAAGCAGCUAGCCGCGGUUAGCCGAGCUGCCUCCCCCUCCACUCCCCCCUCCGCCGGGGAGAAAAAAGAAAAACUUGGGAAAAAAUAAGAACAAAAAUCUGCACAAUCUCUCCUGCGUGAGGCGGCCAGGAUGCGGCUGUUUUUGGGACGUUUCUCCAGCUGGCCGGCGGGUAGCACCGGGUGACCGGAGCUCCUCCAGCCGGGCUGCGCUGCGUGUUCGGCGGCCGCGGAUCGGACUUUACCCCCGGGGGUGUUCCACGCAGACUCCCCCCUCCGUGGAAAGAAAACUUCAUCAGGCUUUCAGAACUCACCUGGAAGGCCUUUCCUUUUGCAUAUAGACAUCUGGAGAAGGAAGAGCAGCUUUAGAAAAAGUUUGGCAGUAUUUUUUUCCCCUUUUUUUGUUCCGAGCGUGUGGAAAAAUGGAUGCGGGAAUAGAGAAGGAAUGCAGCGCCUUGGGAGGGCUUUUCCAGCUCAUCAUGAACGACAUGAAGGCCAGUUACCCCACGUGGGAGGACUUCGUGAGCAAAGGAGCCAAGUUACAGUCACAGCUCAGGACCACCAUCAUGGUGACUGGAGCCUUCCUGGACGCCUUUCAGAAGGUAGCAGACAUGGCAACCGGGACCAGAGGCGCCACGAAGGAGAUCGGCUCAGCGCUGACCAGGAUGUGCAUGAGGCACCGCAGCAUCGAGUCCAAGCUCAAGCUGUUCACCACGGCUCUCUCAGAAAGCCUCGUCACUCCUCUGGAGCUGAAGAUGGAGGAGUGGAAGAAAGUGGCCAGUCAGCUGGACAAAGAUCACGCCAAAGAGUACAAGAAGGCUCGAGCGGACAUCAAGAAGAAAUCAUCAGACACCAUCAAACUGCAGAAGAAAGUCAGGAAAGGUAAAGGUGAGGCCCGGGGUCAGCUGGACAGCGCGCUGCAGGACGUGAACGUGCGUUACGCCGUGCUGGAGGAGACGGAGAAACGCGCCGUGUGCCGAGCGCUGAUCGAGGAGCGAGCUCGCUACUGCAGCUUCGUCACCAUGCUGAAGCCUGUGCUGGACCAUGAGAUCAACAUGCUGGGCGAAGUGACCCACCUGCAGACCAUCCUGGAGGAUCUGAGCAACCUGACGGCCGAACCGCACAAGCUGCCUCCGGCCAGCGAGCAGGUGAUUUUGGACUUGAAAGGUUCCGAUUUUAACUACGCCUAUCAGACGCCUCCAGCGUCACCCAGCAACAGCCUGUCCAGAAAGAGCAGCAUCAGCAGCAACUAUCAGUCUGGAUCAGUGAGACACGUCCCGUCUCUGGACUCCAUCAGCUGUGCAGUGGAUGGAGUUCACAUCCAGUGCUGCUCCUCCCCCUAUCUGCUGAUUGGCUGUGACGAAAGUGGGCGGUCCCUCAGCGAAGGGAACUCCCCCUCUCGCCUGGGUCGCCAGGGCAGCCGUGGUCGCUACGGUUACGCAGCGGGCCGUGGUUACCGCCCCUCGCAGAGCCGCCGCGUUAGCCGCAGGGACUUGACCAGCGACGUGAUGGGAUCCACCAAUCAGCUGGCGUCGGGAGGCGGCGUGACGGCGGAGAACGGGCUGCUGGCGCCGCCGCACAUCGCCUACGCACACCACGGAGAGCGGGCUCGAGCCAUGUCCGCGUCCGGGAAGUCGUGCUCGGCUCGUGAUCAGCUGGCGCUGACGCUGGGCGCGUUGAAUUCGGACGCCCAGAGGAGCAGCCGGGACUCUCUGCACUGCUCCAGCGGCUACAGCACCCAGACCACCACCCCGUCCUGCUCCGAGGACACCAUACACACACACGCUGUAAAGAGAGAUCCUCCCCUCUAUGUCGACUACGAGUCCAUCUCCCUCCACGGCGACGUGGACUCCAUCUCGCUGCACCACGUGUCGCACGGCGGCGGCCAGUCGGACUUCGACAAGUCGUCCACCAUCCCCAGGAACUCCGACCUCAGGUACCAGUUCCGGGAGUUCGCCCAGUCCAAGCGCCCCGCCUCCACCGUCAGCCUGCUGCCCGAGUCGGAGCUGAGCGGCGGCUCCGCCCGCCAGCCGCCGUCCCACACCGCCACCAUCCGCCGCAAGCCCUCGUCCAAGCCGGCGUACCGCAGGGGCACCAUCAGCGGCGGCGUCCCCAUCCCCAUCAGCACGCCGCAGGUCCCGCUCAAGGCUCCCGGCGGCGGCGGCAGCGACGAGAACGUCUUCAAAGCGCCGCCGCCCGGAGGAGUCGGCGGCCUCGGCCACAGCAAACUCUGCACCUCCACCCAGAGCCUCAGCGCCCUCCCCCCCUCCACCUCCUGUUCGCCGUACUACCAGCUGGUCCCGGGUCAGAUGCCCAUCCCGGUGCCCGUCCCCACCGUGCCCGCCCUGCCAGCAGAGGGCGGCAGCUUCAAACUGCUGCAGCAGCAGCAGCACAGACAGUACCAGCAGCAGCAGCAGUAUCAGAACCAGAACCAGAACCAGUACCAGAACCAGUACCAGCAGCAGCAGCACAGCAGCAGUAUCAGAACCAAGCCCCCCCUCCAGGGCCACGCCCCCGGCUACCAGCCCCAGCUGCCUCCGCCCUGCGGCUCCGGCCAGGAGCAGCCGGAGCCGCACGACGCCGGAGGAGGAGGAGGAGGAGACAUGCUGACCCUCAUCAAAGGCGUCAAGCUCAAACGGACCCUGACCAACGACCGCUCCGCCCCCCUCCUGCCCCCGCCCACCAAUCACAAAUGAGGCUUUGACUCCGCCUCGCUGUUAUUUUUUGUUAAUUGACUGAGACGACUCCACACACCCUUUUAUAAUCUGCUUCCUUUCAGGCCUUUUUAGACUUCAGAUUAAAGCUUUUGUUUUUUUUUUUUUUCUUGCUUUGCAGCGUCAUUUUGCCUUUGCGUGUGUGCGUGCACGUGCACAUGCGUGUGUGUACUUCAGAUUAAUUUUGUGCAGAGGAGACUCGAGCCGCUGAUCGUCUCCGAUCCUCGUCGGUCCCGGGGCGCGUUUGAUUCGUCGGCCUCCCGGGCGGGCGGGGCUCGCCAAUGAGCCCAGCCGCUCCACACUGUCACGUGGUUGAACCAUGGUGUGUGUGGGUUGCCGCUGUUGUUGUUGUGUAUUUUUUUUUUAAACUCGGCCAUGCUUCUUCAGGUCCCGUCAUCUCAAAAGAGCGGAAAUGUGUAAAUAUGUUGGGACUCUCAGCUCCGACCCGGGAGGAAAGCCUUUGUGCUCCCGGGACGCCCGGCGGUACGUCUGCAGACCGGAGUCUGUGGAAACGGAUGGAAAUGAUCAGUCUGGGCGGAAGUGUGCAGAAGUGAUGGAAGAACAGAGGAGGAGGCGAGUUUUUGAGGCGACGCUGCGGAUUUCCAGGAGGAAUGACCUGAAAACCAGAUUGGAAAAAAAAAAAAUCACUUGUAGAUAUUUAGUCAUUUCUAAUCUGUUUUACAGCACAGAUUGGGAGAAAUUACACUCUGCUGAUGAUAAUUUCAGUUAUUCCAGAUAUUCAGUUGGAAUUUAUAAACAUUUCGGGACAUUUUUAUUUCCUUCAUGAUCCAUAAAAUUACAAAAACACUCUUAAAUGACCUAAUUUCUCCUAAAAUUGUCAAUUUUUACUGGUCUGUGACUUAAAAGUUGUUUUGAAUUUUCAUAACUGAGCAAAGUUAACAACUCUGACCUCAGUGGAAGAGCAAUAAAUACAUCAGUAAACAGUUAAUUAUUUCACUGCUUUUCUAUCACAUUUGAUUUGUUUUUAAUCAUAGUUUGUCGCGUCUUAACCAAACUUGGGAAAAUCGUUAUUUAAAAUGGUUUGAAUUUUGAUCAGAUGAUUUGCCUUUAGUACAGCAGAAGUGAGGUUAGCUUGUAUCUUUUAUUUAUCACGUUGGUGCGUUUUCUUUCUGUUACUGCCUCCAGUUUUUCAGCCACGUUGCCUCUAAAAGUCGCCUCCAAGCUCAGAGAGGAUGCUGGGAAAAAAAUGGCCGCCGCAGAGAGUCCAGGAGGAGUUUUAAAAAGCUUGUUUUGGAUUAAACCAAAGUUUUAAAACAGGGGAAAACUUCACACGAUGAAGGUGUCGUCUCACAAAAAAAAAAAAAAAAAAAAAAGGAAGAAAGAAAUGGU